AUGAAAGCUUUGAAAACCAAAAUGAAGGAUAAACUAUCUAGCAAAGAAAAGGACAAGCUGCCAACAACAGUCCUACCACAGUUAACUUCGACAGGAGUCAAGCCCCAGUGGCAGCAGACAGCUCCAUCACUCCAUUUAAAUAUGAAACAGGAAAACCCAAUUCUAGAACCCUAUCCUCUUAAAAAUGAGCAGUCGUUUGCUGACUACAUGGAGCACUUCCAGCAAAAAGGCAAACGACUGUACCAAAUCGAUGAUAAACGUUCUGUGCCAUCAACUUCCAGAGCAAAGGUCAAAUCUCCACAAAAGGAGAGAGAGAAUUUCAGAAGCACCCUCGUCAAACUCAUUAUGCAACAAGAUGGUGGUUUAGAGUCCGAUGUCAUUGAUGAGAGCGAUAUUCCAAAAGCAACCACUACUGCAAGAGAGAAAGACAUCUCGAGGUAUUACUACUACAUUCGCCAUGGACUUGAUACUGAUCACGUGGCCCCAAUGGAAGACUCUUGGCUGGAGCACGUAUUACAAUUGGUUCCACAGCAUCUGAAAAUCCUGAAUAAUAGCAUCAUGGUCUUGUCCGAUGAGAUAAGAGAAGAUUAUCUUCUUAGUGUAAAGAAAUCCAUAGGGCCUCCAGUCCUUCCCCAACUCUUCCACAAGUGUCCCUGA